AAAAAAAGGGGAAAAAAAGAUAGAGUGGGGAGAGAGUCAAGAGAGGGGCGUGUAGCACACGUGGAAGCUGACGAUAAAUUUUUUUCCCCCAAUUCCGCCUCUUUGCUUUGCGUGCGAAUUUGAUCUCGAAGCUUCCGCCAAGCAGCGAGCUCUCCCGAUCCGCGGGGGCGUCGAAUCCUAUGGCGGCCAACGCCGGCAACAAGAUCCGCAACGCCAAACUGGUUCUUCUUGGAGAUGUGGGCGCAGGAAAAUCUAGCUUGGUGCUUCGUUUUGUAAAAGGACAGUUUGUUGAGUUUCAGGAAUCGACAAUUGGAGCAGCAUUUUUCUCACAGACCUUAGCAGUUAAUGACGAAACCGUGAAGUUUGAAAUCUGGGAUACAGCUGGGCAGGAGAGAUAUCACAGCUUGGCUCCCAUGUACUAUAGGGGUGCGGCUGCUGCCAUAGUUGUCUAUGACAUCACGAAUCCGGCCUCUUUCACCCGUGCAAAGAAAUGGGUUCAAGAACUUCAAGCUCAAGGUAACUCGAGUACAGUGGUGGCUCUUGCUGGCAACAAAGCCGAUUUGCUAGAGACUAGGCAGGUGCAAAUAGAGGAAGCAAAGACAUAUGCACAGGAGAAUGGGCUUUUCUUCAUGGAAACAUCUGCGAAAACUGCAACAAAUGUGAAUGACAUAUUUUAUGAAAUUGCAAAAAGAUUGCUUCAAGGACAGCCAGCUCAGAACCCGCAGGCCGGCAUGGUCCUCUCCCAGAGACCAAAUGAGAGACUGGUCAGCUCUGCUUCAUGCUGCUCUUGAAGCAUAGUUUCGGCCGAGUAUUGUCAUUAUAAAAUCUAGGAGAGGAAAAUUCAACAAAUAUCCCAGAAGUUCUUGUGUGGCCACCUUCAUGGCUAUAUACUCCAGCCUUCACGCUUAUUUCUUUUCAUUCCUUGUGUCAUGUAAAUGUCAAUACAAGAAUGCCACAUCAGAGGCUUGAAAUUGGUACCGAAAUGUUAAUUGUGCUCUAUCAUUGUUACUGUUCUUUUACAUUCGCAUUCCCAUGAAAUGUGUGACCCAUGGUUACUGGUUA